ACAAAGUCCACAGCUGCUGAGCUCAGCUUAGUGUUUUAGUGAUGAACGGUUCAGCUGCUGGGAGAGUCUGCCCGGUAACAGCUGACUCUGCUCUGUGAUUGGUGCUCUGGAUCAGAGCUGCUGCUGCUCUUUGACUCCCUUUGAGUUGGUCCGCUUCAGAUCCACAGUUCAACAGUCCCACUGCUGCUGACCAAGAUGAAGCUGCUCCUCAUCCUCUGCUGGGUCCUCGGGGUCUCUGCUGACGUUCUACAUGAAGAGCUUCACAUCACUGGAUGUACAGACUUCUAUGGAGAGGACAUGUACGCUCUGGACAGAGACGAGACGUGGUACGCAGACUUAAGUAAAGGGGUUGGAGUGAUGACUCUUCCAGACUUUGUAGAUCCUGCCAGCUACAAGGAGGGAACUUAUGAACAGGCUGUGGCUAAUCUACAGGUCUGCAGAUUUAACCUGAAUCUCAGUCGUCGUGGUCUGAAGGAGUUCCCACUGGUCAAAGAUCCUCCUUCCAGCCCAAUGAUCUACAACAAAGACAAAGUGGAACUGGGAGUGAAGAACGUUCUUAUCUGUCAUGUUUCUGGUUUCUAUCCGGCUCCUGUCAACGUCUUCUGGACCAAGAAUGGAGAGAAGGUGACUGAAGGAACCAGCAUCAACGUUCCCUACCCCAACAAAGACCGUUCCUUCACCCAGAUCUCCAGACUGGAGUUCAUCCCACAGCAGGGAGACAUCUACAGCUGUUCAGUAGAACAUCUGGCCCUGAACCAACCACUGACCAGAAUGUGGGAUGUGGAGACCACCCAGCCAGGUGUUGGACCUGCAGUGUUCUGUGGAAUCGGUCUGACCAUCGGUCUGCUCGGCGUGGCAGCUGGAACCUUCUUCCUCAUCAAAGGAAACGACUGCAGCUGAUUUGCGGGGGCUGAUGAUGUCAUCAUUGUGUGGUGUCGAGUCAUCAAGACAGAAUGCAGAGGUUUUCUGUUUUGUGUUUUCUGUGAUUGUAAAUGAUGUCAUCAAGCUUCCUGCUUCUGAAUCAUGAAGAACCUUAGACAUGUUUCCAUCAGCUUCAGUGUUCUCUGAUGUUCUCUUGUGUUCUUCUCUAAGUGUUCUCUGAUAUUCUGCUACACCAAUAAAGUGAAAUGAGUCCAAAUCAAA